CACACCAGGAUUUGGGAGAAAAGAACCAAAGCAAAUGCACAAACACAUUCGUGCACUCGCUCUACUUCCAGUCAAACAGCAGUCGUGCAGCAAUCACGAAAGAAAAGUGCAUGUGUGGUCACUUGUUAUUAUAAAUUCUGAACCUCAACAACAGAUGGCGGUAAUCGUCUAUCGAGUCAUUUUCCUGUCAUUUCCACCCAAGGAAGAAGAACAAUGUGGCUUCCGGCUAAACAGUAAACACAUGUGGCAGCGUUAGUUGUACACUUUAGGUGUUCCAGCAAUGACGCGAUGGGCCAGAGCCAACAACGUCCACAAACACAAACCUGCUGAGGCAACACCCUGGAGCCAACUUAGAACCAGAGGGGGAGGAGUUGGGAGGGGUCGUCCAGGCCCUUUUGGAGGUUCAGGAGGUGCUAGCUCUAGCCAUGGGCCUGGGGGUUGGGGAAGAGGUAGGGGAGGAGGGGGAGACCCUCUGAGGCGAACGCAGCUCGGCGAUGCUGGGAUUAAGAAGCCCUGUCGGAAGAAGAAAGACUACGACAAUGAGGAUGUGAACGGCUUCAUGGAAUACCUUCAGAGUGGCGGGGCUGGGACGUCCAGGGGAGGUGGAGGGGCAGGGAUGGAGGGACUCAGGGAAGAGGUAGAGACAGCCCUGAAGAAAGACAGGAGGAGAGAGGACCGGAGGAUAAAGAGACAGGAUGACAAGAAGAGCAACAUGGUGUGUUUUAACUGUAGGAAGCCUGGCCACGGGUUGGCUGACUGUCCGGAGGCGGACCGAGACGAGGAGAUGGGAAGGGACAUCUGCUACCGCUGUGGAUCCACAGAACAUGAGAUCCAACGCUGCCGCGCUAAAAUAGAUCCUGCUCUAGGGGAAUACCCAUAUGCCAAGUGUUUCAUCUGUAGUAAGACUGGCCACCUGUCCAGGUCCUGCCCAGACAACCCCAAAGGACUGUACGCCGCAGGAGGUUGUUGCCGUGUGUGUGGUUCAGUAGAGCACUUCCAGAAGGAUUGUCCUGAGCAUCAGGCUGCAUCUAACCAAGUGACCUUGGGCUGGCUGUCCAAUAACAUGAGUGCCGACCACGAGGAAGUGCAUGUGCCUGUGAAGAAAGCCCCGCCCAAACGGGCCAAGGUAGUGGUCUUCUGACCUGCCGAUCCACGCAGAGGACUCACCAGAUUGGACAGGACUGACAGCGACACAUCCCAAGACUUAAAUUCACGAAGGGCGUUCAUUCUGUCACCGUUCUCUCUCGGAGCUUUGAAAAACAACAUCCAUAGUCGGGGAAAAUGGAGAGCUGCUCUUGACUGCCAUUUUGGAAAGCGCCCUCUGUGGUCUCACACCCUGGACUCUGUGUAUAGGACUGGAAAUGAUUUGUAUGGAUGGGACUAGACUGGAGCCUGUACUGUAUACUAGCUAGCGGGUUUCUCCUGUAUCUAAAGACGUGUUUUUAUAUCUCGGUGUGUUUCAUGUUUGGUGGUGUGUUCUCUCAUCCAUCCCCAGGUGUCUGAGAAACAAAAAGGUUUAAAAAAAAAUGUAGGUUUUAUUUGCUAUUCACAGAAUUUAGUUUUGUCGUCGAGUAUCAUUAUUACUGCACGUUCACUCACAUCAACAUCUGAAAUAUUUAUUGCAAAAUUCAAUAAAUAACACCUAUAUUACA